UCAGUGCUGAAAGGUAUAACCUUUCUGAUGUGUAACCGUUAAUUUUUGAGUGCGGCUUCAGCAAAACGUGUCCAAUAAUUACUGUUUCGUAGAAUAUUUCCCUUAUGAAAAUGGUAUUCGUUGGACAGGGGUUUCCCACGAAAAUUAUAUGAAGUGGACAAUAUCGGCCAAAUGAGUUACGCUUUAUUUCAAGGGAUAUAAUAGAAACAAGGUUACACUUUAAAUGCUGAAGUUUACUUACUAAAGUGAAUUAAAGUGAGAUGCAUCUACUUACGCUGAUUACAAUUGUUUCCUCUUUUACCCUCUCGUCGGUAAAAUGUUGGGACCAAGAAGACAUAGAAGUUUUUGACGCCGUCGAGGAGAUAAGAGAGAACUUUUAUGAACUACUUGGGGUAUCUCAUACUGCAGAGCCAGAUGAGAUCAGGAAAGCUUUCAGACAGCUUUCACUGAAGGUACACCCUGACAAGAGCAACCACCCAGAUGCCGAAACCCAAUUCAGAAACUUAGUGACCGUCUUUGAAAUCCUCAAAGACCAAUCCAAACGUACCAAAUAUAACGACGUACUAAAAAAUGGCUUGCCAGACUGGAAACACCCUGUAUAUUACUACAGGCGCUAUAAAAAAAUGGGUCUUUUGGAGUUAAUGCUAAUUUUAUUUGGAAUUAUCACCAUCGGGCAGUAUCUUGUUGCUUGGGCAUCAUAUUUAGAAAAGAAAUAUGUAUUGGAAGAAUUUGUUAGUAUUAAGAGUAAAAAACUUCAAAAAAGGCAGAAAAAAGGAAAAAUGGUGGACAUGGAAGCCAUCAAAGUGCUUCCUGAAUUGGUCACAAAUCUUCCAAAACCAAGCGUUUAUUGCACUCUUCCAGUUCAGAUAUGCCGGCUAUGCUGGUUUUUGAUUGUCAAGGCUCCUCCAUUAGUGAUACAUUGGAUUAAAGAAUAUUCCCAAAGAAAGGAGAAGGAAGAAGAAAAAGAAGAAUCGAGUUCUGAAGAGGAAGUGUAUGUCCCAAGAGAAAGAGGUCCAAGGAGGCGAAAAGCGUUCCAGAUACCUGAGAUGAAAGACUCUAACAAUGAAAUAAAAAUCAAAGAUGAGCCCAAAGCUGCUCCUACCAAACCCACACCUGUGGUGUCUGGUGGGCUGUGGACUGAUGAUGACCUUUUAGAUUUGAUACGCCUAAUGAAAAAAUACCCAACGGGUACUCAAGAACGGUGGGAAAAAAUAGGCGAAUCGAUGAAAAGGGCGCCUUUUGAAGUCGCACACAUGGCACACAAAAUGAAAGACGAUGGUUUCAAACCUCCCAAAAAGGACGACGAGGAGAGCACCGUUGUAGAAGAACCGCGUAAGAAAAUGAAGACAAAAGGUGGUAAAAUGGCGGAAGACGUAGAGGAAGGUACCUGGACACAAGUACAGCAAAAAUCCUUGGAGCAAGCUCUGGCAAUUUAUCGUAAAGGGACACCAGGAGACAGAUGGGAAAAUAUAGCCAAAGCUGUCCCUGGAAAAACCAAAGAAGAGUGUAUGCAAAGGUAUAAAUACUUAGCAGAUUUAGUGAAAAAGAGAAAACAGAAUGCUGAAGAGUCAUCCUGAUUAUUUAAGCUGUUUGACUUAAGUGAUACAGAAGAGAAUGGUUACAUUUUUGGCCCAUACUUUCUAUUGUUGAUAACAAAAGUUUUAUUGUAAAUAUUUGUAAUUUUUAUAAAUAUGGUAUGAAUAUUUAUGAACGUUUGUCUGAGUGAGCCCAAUGGUUGUGCUUUUAAAAUAAAAAUCAUGGGUUGGUUUUUAAAAAAAGUUUCUUUUUAUAGUUUUGUUGUGUGUCUAUUACAAAUCUGUUCUUAUGUGAUGGCAGGCUAAGUUCUGAAACAAAUGUAAUAUUUUCUAUAAAUUAUUUAUGUUAAUAUAAGUUUACACAAAUAUA